AUGGUCCGAAAGCAGGUGCGUAAAAGUCAAGUUAACGCCAGCGGCGAAACUCUCGUGCAACGCAACAAUUGCCUUCGGAGUAGUGCAUCUACAGAAUGCAUCCUGGACUUAGAAGCUUUCACACGCGAUAGGAAGCGUCUACUCCACCGAGUUUCUAAUUUCUUGGAUGGGAUGGGAUGGGAUGGGAUGAUUUGUGAUCUUUCUCACGAAGGGAAGGGAAGGGACUUGGACGUAGUCGAAAAG